AUGAAUAAAGAAAUUUUCAACAACUCUGAAGAAAAUAAUUCAGAAGAAAAACAAAUCUUAACUUAUGUUGAAGAUGAAGACGGCUUUCAUGCAAAUCUUUUAAUAAAACAAGACCUUCUCUCUCGAGUUAAGAAAAUAGAUUUAGAAAUAAAGAAAGAAAACAUUUUCAAAAAUGUUCCUUCUAAACUUAGUAUUCUAAAUCCUCUUAAAAGGAAAAAUGAAAUCUUCUACUUUGUUAGUACUAAAGAAAUUUCCGUAGACAUAAAAGAUACAAUAGGAGCUGUCUUUCUACCCCUUUUAACUAAGGAACAAAUAAACAAUAACUUAAAAAGUAUUCCAGUUGAGAUUAGAUCAAAAAUUAGAAUGGUUCAUAUCGGAGCUGUAAAAAUUUUGAUAAAAUCCCAAUUCCAAGCAGGAAUAAAUUCUCCCAUAAAAAUGGCCUUAAUUGACAACAAAAUUACUGACAGACAUGACUGCAUCUUAGGUGCUGCAAAGGGAAACCUUGCUUACCAGAAGUUUAUGUUUUCAGUCUAUCCAAAGUUUGCUCUAGAUUUAAAAUCUACAAAUAUAGAUAAAGCCUUAUCUUUUAUACAUCACUUUGAAAGAAGUGAACUUAUGAGUCCAGGUAAAACAGUCAAUAUUAAAACUCUUGACGAUAAUACUGAAAAGAAAGAAUACGUUUUCUCUACUUCUGGAAAAACUGGUAUUCAAACAAUUGUAAAUCAUUGCAAUAAUCUCAACCAGAUCAUUGCAAGAUCCUUUAUGGUUAAAAAGAAUCUUGAUAAAAAUGAUUUUGAAAAAUUCUUCGAAGUUAUUGAAAGACAAAAUAAAUUAACUAUCAAGUUAACCCAGUCUAUUGACAGACAUUCUAUUCUUUUAGAAAACUCUUUAAAAAACAACCAAUUUGUUGAAGAAGUCGCCAAAAAGGCAAAUAUUGAGGGCACUCUUAAGGAAACCAACCUUAAAAUCAGUAAUAUACAUGAUCAGUUAAAACAACUAAUAGGAUGA